CUAAGCCAGGGAUUGUGGGUUCGAGUCCCAUCUGGGGUGGUUGCUUUUUUUUUUUUUCACCUAUAAGAAGGAGAAACCGGCACUGAUGAAUCAUUUUAGAGGUAAAAGUUAAUUAGAACAUCGCCGGAUCCACAUACUCUGUCAGCUGCAGACACUCGCAGGACCUUUACGGCUGACAUGAGGAAGCACAGCAUCACUUUGUGCGUGCUGCUCAGCACUCUGGCUCCGUUAGUGCAGUCCGUGGAUGGAUUAAAGAAAACGACUGUUAAAGUGCGAAAUUACAAGCUCCAAGAGGCCACUGUUCACUGGGAUGCUGCCCAGAAAAGUGUAAUCCUGAAGGAGGGGGUGAUGGAGACGGACGGGGGAGCUUACGGUUACUUCAAUGACACCCUGUUCCUCACAGGAUGGGGCGUCCUGGAGAUCAGCGCAGGUUAUGGAGAGAUCGAGCAGGAGGAUGAGACCACCUACUUCCUGGCUGGCUACCUUGAGGGUUACCUCACUGCUGGACAGAUGUUCAGUCAUUUCGCCAACAUGUACCCUCAGCUGGUAAAGGAUGAGAAGGCUUUGAAUCCCUUGAAAAACUUUUUGAGCAAACAGGACCUGUGGGCCCGAGAGCAAGUGAAACUGAGACGCAACAACGACCCCUUGUGGAAGCACCUGGGACUGAUCCUGGCCCAGCUUGAUGGACUCCACGCAGGGGCUGCACAGUGGGCCAAAGGCAAACACAGAGAGCCUCUGUCAGCGUUUGCGGUCCAGUUCCUGAAUGGUGUUGGUGACCUCUUGGACCUCGUCCCAGCUCUGACACCUCGCUCCAACUCCUCCACAGGCUCUGGUGCUUUCAGGAUGCCAGGAAUGGGCCACUGCACUGCUCUCAUAAAGGUGCUGCCUGGCUUUGAGAACCUGCUGUUUGGCCACUCUAGCUGGUAUACCUAUGCAGCCACCAUGCGAAUCUACAAACACUGGGACUUCAAGUUGUCAGAUGUACACACAGCUACUGGGAAGAUGUCAUUCAGCAGCUAUCCUGGCUUUCUUAUGUCUCUAGAUGACUUCUACCUGCUUGGGAGUGGCCUGCUAAUGACUCAAACCUCCAUCGGUGUCUUCAACGUUUCUCUAUUCUCUCAGCUCAGCCCGCACAGCCUGCUGGCCUGGCAAAGAGUCCGUUUGGCCAACAGUCUGGCACACAAUGGGGAGGAGUGGGCACAGGUUUUCUCCAAAUACAACUCAGGCACAUAUAACAGUCAGUACAUGGUGGUGGACCUGAGCAGGAUUUCUCUGGGUCACAGUAUCAAGAAUGGAGCCCUGACUGUUGCUGAGCAGAUUCCAGGCAAAGUGAUGCAUUCGGAUCAGACUGAAGCUUUACGCAGAGGUUACUGGCCGUCCUACAACAUACCGUUUCAUGUCGACAUCUAUAACCUGAGCGGAUACAGUGCGAUGUGGAAGAGAUACGGAGAAGACUUCUCCUAUGACCUCUGUCCCCGAGCUAAAAUCCUCCGCAGGGACCAGGGCAAAGUGUCUGACCUGAGCUCCCUCAAACACAUGAUGAGAUACAAUAACUAUAAGAGAGAUCCCUACUCCAAGGGCCAUCCCUGUAAAACCAUCUGUUGCCGUAACGACCUGAGGCCAAGGAGACCACGCCCAGGGGGCUGCUAUGACACUAAGGUGACGGACUACCAGAUGGCACUCCAGCUGGUCACCGAGGCAAUAAAUGGCCCCACGACUCAGGGGGGGCUGCGGCCAUUCUCGUGGCAACCAUUCAACCUCACAACUCAUCAGGGUCUCCCACACACUUACAGCUUCCCCUUCAUCACCAUGAGGCCCACGCUGCGUCGGCCCUGACAGCUACAUGGUGGAAGCUGCAGUCCAUCCAGGUGGAACGGCCACGCUUUUUUGUUCAAAUCAGCAGCCCUGAAAUGCCCCGUCACAGCACAGGACACCCUGUUUGUACAUCUGCUGUUACUCAACACGCAAAUACUGUAUGAUGCAAAAUCAUACAGUAUAAUAAUUUGUUAAGAAUAUUUAAUUUCAGUAUAAAUGUUAGAUGUGCAAUCGAUUGGUACCAGUAGGCGUUAGGUGGUGUAAAACCAGAUUGACUGCAAUUAAGCUGUUUGCUAACUGAUUAGUAUAUCUUCCUAAAAUGCAUUUUGAAAUCCAGUUUUCCUGCAUUAGAUACACUGAGAUGUUCACGGUGGAGUAAGUGUUGGACUUAUCUCUGAAUCUUUGAGUGGCAGCUUUAUGACAAUGAGUUCUCAUUUGCAGAACUGAAUUAGCAUAAAGACUUUGGCUUAACAAAGGUUUGGAUUUUUACCCAUCAGGGCAAUGAUAUUAAUAUUGUAUUUAUAUCUUACUAUGCAAUGUUUUCUCAGGUUUGCACAGUGUGAAACAACACGAUCUGACUGACUUUGUGGAAAUAUUAAUCACAAUAAAGUUUUCAUAAACGUAUAAA